CUCUUGUCACUACGUAUCUGUACCUAGAGAUAUUGUACUGCAUUAUGGGAUAUCAAUGACCAGGGGAUGGUAAAACUAGCACAUUUUUUAAGCUGGCACCAAUCUUGUUAUAAGAUACACUUGGAAGAAACAUUAUUUUCAUCAGGAUGACCCAGCAUGUUUGUUGCACUACUGGAUGCUGAUAGUAUGUGCUGUGGGGAGUGCAUUUUUCAGCUCUGCAUUUCCCUGACACAGAACAGCUGAACACCCAGCCAUGCUGACGAAGCAGUGCCUUUUCUGCCUUCUCACUGCUGCUUGUAAAACAACUACAAAGCUAAUGGAUUUGGGAGUGUGACUGCCAUAGAAAGAGACAGGUCACAUGGCCAGUCUAGUGACACUGCAAGACAUGAUUUCCUCUUGCUAGUAGAAUAAUUCUAAUGUUGUCAGCUCAGUGAGCAAGAUGAUGCUGCCAAAAGCCGAGUGGGAUCUGGCUUCUUGUCCCCGGAGCACAGCCUGAAGAAGGAAGAAGUGGUGUGAUAGACUGGUCGCCUAAAUGGAAACGGGAAUGGAAAUUGCCGGAAGAUUCCGUUAUUAUUUCCAGCAUCCCUGGUCUCGUUUAAUUGUUGCCUAUCUGGUGACCUUCUUCAACUUCCUAAUAUUUGCUGAAGAUCCUGUUUCACACAGCCAGACUGAAGCCCAUAUGAUAGUAGUGGGCAACUGUUUCUCCUUCAUUGUGAAUAAGUACCCUGGAGGAGGGUGGAAUGUCCUGAAAGUGCUGAUGUGGCUAAUGGCCAUAAUCACUGGUCUGUUUGCAGGAAAGUUCAUCUUUCAUCAACAGCUCUUCGGUCGAUUUCUGCGACUGAAAAUGUUCAGAGAAGACCACGGCUCCUGGAUGACAAUGUUUUUCAGCACAAUUCUUUUCUUGUUUAUUUUCUCUCACAUUUACAAUUUGUGCCUCCUGAUGGCUGGAAACAUGGGGUGCUUGGCCGGGUGCAGUCCAAAAGAGAUUUACAGUGGAGAUAGGAAUGAUGAAUUGGGUUGCAGCAUGUUCAGUCUUUGUCUGCUUUGUGCCAAAGGAUGUCCAACUGUCACGGAAGAAGAAGAGAGAAGGAAUCUGCAUAGACCAGCAGUAAAGAUGGCUCCCCAAACAGAACAUGCAUUAAGUCUUAGGACUUGGGGAUAUGGCUGCAGGUCAACACUUGCCUGUAUUUUGUAGUUGCUGCU